GACACGCGGCCUGAAACGAAAACACGUAAAGUCGAAAAUUAGGAAAUUCUUAUCACUAUUUCGUUCGCGAUAAGAAAAAAUUCCAGACAUUCGCAACUUCCACCGUCGUCAUCGUUGAAAAGCAGGCCAGGACAAUGCAAACCGCGGAAAAUUACAUCGCGAAAGAUUUACCUAAGUGAAACUGGAAUCUGAAACUUAACAACAUAAUUUCCAUUUCAUGAUUUAAGAGAGUGUGUGGAAAGGAACUUCUGAGGCACUUCUGAGUAAAGUAAUGUAAAAAUAUAUUAUCGCAACGACACGUCUGCAAGUAUCCCAAGAGUACUGUUUCCAUCCUUUGUGUAGAGAUAAAAGUUACUCGAAAGGAGUUGGAAAUAAUUGAUAAUAAUGAAUGAUAGCAGAGAAAUCGAAUCACCCAUCGGAAAUGAGGGAAACGCGAGCAAUAAUCCCAGUUCUUCCUCAUCUACGACAUCCCGGUCGUCGAAAAGCCUUUUCGAACCAUCCGAAGAAUCUUCACUACACAAUAACGAAUUUAGUUCCUACUACAGUGGAGAUCGUGUGACCAACUCCGCCGGAGAAUGGAACGCAUUCAGUUUUCGAAAGCUAUGGGCAUUCACCGGCCCUGGAUUCCUUAUCAGCAUUGCUUAUCUAGAUCCGGGCAACAUUGAAUCUGAUUUGCAAAGUGGAGUCGUGGCCAGAUACAGCCUUUUGUGGGUUCUUCUUGGUGCAACUUUGCUGGGCCUAGCAAUGCAACGGUUGGCUGUGAAAAUUGGUGUAGUCACAGGGCUACAUUUAGCAGAGAUGUGUUAUCGCCAGUACAAAACUGUACCCAGAAUAUUGUUGUGGUUAAUGGUAGAGGUAGCAAUCAUCGGAUCAGAUAUGCAAGAAGUCAUUGGAACAGCAAUAGCAAUCUAUCUGCUAUCCUACAAACGGAUCCCACUGUACAUAGGUGUGCUUAUUUCGAUAUUCGACACUCUGUCAUUCUUAUUCUUGGAUAAGUACAACCUGCGCCGGUUGGAGCUAUUUUUCGGUUUCCUUAUUACAACGAUGGCUAUAUCCUUUGGUUUUCAGUACAUCGUCAGUGAAGUACCGCAAGUGGAUGUUAUCAAAGGAAUGUUUAUCCCUUGGUCCGAUGAUUAUCGACCUGGCACGCUCUUGCAAGGAGUGGGUAUCAUUGGUGCUGUUAUAAUGCCGCACAAUUUGUAUUUACAUUCGGCACUCGUGAAGUCUCGAGAUAUAGACCGCCGACAACCAAAGGAAAUUAGAGAUGCCAAUCGAUACUACUUUCUUGAGGCAGCAGCUGCUCUGUUGGUUUCAUUCAUCAUAAAUGUGUUUGUGGUAUCCGUGUUUGCACACGACCUUUACGGGAAGACGAACCAAGAUGUGAUCAAUAUAUGCGUCAAUACUUCGUUUUCAAGCGACAUUUCGUCAGCUUUUGUUUCCAACAAUGCUACUGCGGAUAUCAACAUUUAUAAGGCCGGCCUAGUUUUAGGCUGUUUUUAUGGUGGCAUAUCGAUGUUCGUUUGGGCUAUCGGUAUAUUAGCAGCCGGUCAGAGUUCCACCAUGACCGGUACCUAUGCCGGGCAAUUCGUAAUGGAGGGAUUUCUAAACUUGCAAUGGGUCCGUUGGAAGCGUGUGCUUUUUACACGUACAGUUGCCAUUAUCCCUGCUUUUUAUGUAGCGUUUUUCAGUCGCCUAGAAGAUCUCACUAAAAUGAACGAUGUUUUAAAUGCUGUUAUGGCAUUGCAAUUACCAUUUGCGGCUAUACCCACUGUUGCUUUAACAUCCAAUAUUGCUCUCAUGGGCAUUUUUGUCAACGGAAUGUUUGAAAAAUAUCUAUCUAUUGCUCUGAGUUUUUCCGUUAUUGGUAUAAACCUGUACUUCAUUGUGGCUAACUUAGAGCAAGUCGAACUAACCGCCCUGAUGAUUUUUGGAGUUGUCGUCUUUGGAUUUUUUUACAUAACAUUUAACGCCUACCUUAUACUACAUAUGCUUGUGAACUUAGGAAACGGGCGGUUAGCAGGAAACAUGUUCGUCCAACGAUAUGUUUUGAACAACAACUGUGCUAUUGUAGUAAAUACAGAAAGCGUUAACCAACGGUAAUGAUCAACAGCGAACAUUAAUCUAUAAAAGGCCAUUGGAAGAGUUUUAAAUAAACUAAUGGCAGUUAACAGAAAGGAAACGGUGCUGUGCAUGCAAUUGUUUAUGUUGUUUAUGUGUUAAUGGUCUGAGCCUGGAACAAAACGUGAUAAAUUUAAGUAUAUACAUUCACUAAUUGAAUUAGAAGAUCGCCAUUUCGCCAGUGAAAGGGUCGCCAUGGAUUUUUUAAUGAAAAAGGACAUCACACACACAACUGUGUAAAAACAUAGAAACAGCGUAUACUUUGUCUUCAAUAUAUACUAGACAACAGGCACGAUAGAGUUCCUGUCUAGUUUUGUUUUAAAUCAAGGUAAUAAAUAAUGCAAAAUUGUAAAACACA